AUGGAGACCACCGAAGGGAUCAAGAUAAAUGGUGAAAAUAUAAAUAAGAUCCGUUAUGCUGACGAUAGUCAUUAUCGCUGAAAGUGAGACAGACCUGCAGACGUUACAAAACACAAUGUGUGAUACUGGGGAACAGUUUGAAUUAACAAUAAACAUAAAGAAAACAAAAACCAUGGUUAUCAGUAAGAGGGGCAAAGUCAUUACAAAGAUCCAGAUAAAAAAUGAAGAUAUUGAGCAAGUGGACAAAAUAAAAUACUUAGGAGUCUGGAUUACGGAAGAUCUAAAUCCGAAAUCAGAAAUUCGCUCAAGAAUAGAGCAAUCAAGAGCAUCCUUUUUGAAGAUGAAAAAAUUUCUGUGU